GCAUGUGCUCUCUCUUCAUCCUCCUCCUCCUCUUUGGAUAGCCAGAUAGAUUUUUAUAUACACAUAUAUAUUGGAUUGGAUUGGAUGUGAACAACAGCUCCACCUCCACCACCCUUUCUUCUGCCUCCCUUCUCCAUCUCCCGUUGGAUGAGUUGGGCGGAAACGGUGGAAGAAAAAGCGAGCAUUAAAGCCAACGAUUCCCUCUUUUAUUUCUUUCUUUGUUUACGGUUGUUGUCGAUCGGUUGAUCUAGGAGGGAGAGCAGAGAGAAGGAGGAGAUUGUCCGGUUGGCGAUCGCGAUCUUCUUGUUGUUGAACCCCGCGAUGCCGCCUCGCAGAUCUUAGACGCGCCCCUCCGAUCCCUUUCUCGCCUUCGCAUCUGACGCACCAGCUUCAGAUCGAAAAGAGAAUGCAGAUGGAUCUUGGGAAGCUGUUCAUUGGCGGGAUUUCCUGGGACACUAAUGAGGACAGACUCCGGGAGUACUUCAAAAACUACGGUGAGGUCGUGGAGGCUGUGAUCAUGAAGGACCGGAACACUGGCCGUGCUCGUGGUUUUGGAUUCAUUGUUUUUUCAGACCCAGCAGUGGCUGAGCGAGUUGUCAUGGAAAAACACAUGAUCGAUGGCAGAAUGGUUGAGGCUAAGAAGGCUGUUCCAAGGGAUGACCAACAGAUCCUUAAUCGAAGCGCCAGUAGUGUCCAUGGCUCUCCAGGUUCUGGUCGUACCAAGAAAAUAUUUGUUGGUGGCUUGCCAUCUACAAUAACAGAGAGUGAAUUCAAGAAGUACUUUGAUCAGUUUGGAUCAAUUACUGAUGUUGUAGUGAUGUACGAUCACAACACCCAGAGACCUAGGGGAUUUGGUUUCAUCACCUAUGACUCAGAGGAUGCGGUGGAUAAGGUGCUUUAUAAAAACUUUCACGAGUUGAAUGGUAAGACUGUUGAGGUCAAGAGAGCUGUUCCUAAAGAACUCUCCCCUGGUCCCAAUAUGCGCUCUCCUGUUGGUGCAUAUAACUAUGGUCUUAAUAGAGUAAACAACUUUCUUAAUGGCUAUACUCAGGGAUAUAAUCCAAGCUCAUUUGGUGGAUAUGGAAUGAGGAUGGAUAGUAGAUUAGGCCUUCCUAGUAGUGCUAGAAAUACCUUCCCAUCAUACAAUCCUAGUUUUGGUAUGGGAAUGAAUUUUGAACCGAGUUUGAUCCCAAGCCUUGGAGGGAAUUCCAGUUUUGGCAACAAUAUUGGGUAUGGACGUGGUCUGAGCCCUUAUUUCAGUGGGAACUCAACUAGGUUCAACAGUCCAAUUGGUUAUGGUGGUGGUAGUGCAAACACUAAUUCAUUUUUUAGCUCAAUGGCUCGUAAUGCAUGGGGCACUGGAGGCCUUAAUUAUACUACAAAUGCUGCAACUUCCAAUGCGUAUAUGACUCAUGGCAAUGGGAAUCUUGGUGGAGUUGGAAGUAAUAGUUUAAAUUGGGGUAGCACUGCUCCCAUCUCAUCUCAGGUUGGGGGGAACACUUCAAGCUAUACUGGUGGGAGUCUUAGUUAUGGAGGUGUGGACAACAAUUUUGAUCUAAUCAAUGGGGGGUCUGGAAGGAACAAUGGCCCUAGUGCUUUGAAAGCUUCCCGUGUUGGAUCAAAUGGUGGAUUCGAAGAAACCUAUCCGGAACUCUAUGGUGGCAGUUCAGUUUAUGGAGACCCAACUUGGCAAGACCCAUCUUGGCGGUCCUCGUCUCCUGAAUUUGGAGGUUCUGGUUCAUUUGGUUAUGCACUUGAUAAUGUGCCUUCAGAUAUCAUAGGCAAGGGCUCUGCAGCUUUCAUGGGUGAUUAUAGCAUUACCAAUAGACAACCAGAUAGAGGGAUUGCUACUUAAAGCAAUAUUUUCCAAGGAUCAAGACCAUUAAUAGAUGAACAAUCAUGCAGUCGGAUGCAUGACUUUGAAUUUUACAUGUCUCAUAAAUUGUGUCAAUUAGUUAAUUUUAUAGUGCUAAUCAGGGGCUAAUCAGGGCAGCGCUUAAAAAAAAACAGAUUCAGAAGAUUCAAAAUAAAGAAUAUUGUGUUAAGGUUUGCAAUUCAAGUUUCGUUCCACUUGCCAAGUAGGUUUUGGUUCAGUGUUUGUUUGAGAUGUAAUCUUACUGCGGGAUGCAUUCAGAAUGUUUCAGGUUUAUGCAAUUGUUGUUGCAAAUAGACCAAGUAUUCCUUCUGGAACAAAGGAAAACAGCAAACUAUUGUAACACCUGGCAAAAAUGCUGCUUCAUUGUUGUCAGGCUUCAUUUUUCUUCUUUUUUUCUUUUUCAUUUUGUUUGACGUUUGAGAUGUACCAAGGAUUUGGUUUGUUAGCUUUGAGAAUUUACAGGGCUACUUCCUGUUCCCAAAAUAACUGUUACAUAUUGUGACUCAUUUCUAAAAUAUAGAGGUUCAUUGGCCAUAUUC